UUCUUCUUCAAAAUUAUAAGUUACAGUGUAUUUAUGAUAUUUCUAAACAAAAUGCUGUUUAUUUCAUUCAAAUAGAGGAAAAAUUGGCUCCAAGCGAAAAUUUUGAAAACAUAUGGUUUUGUAUAUAUGAAAUACCAGUAUAUUGUAGAAAUUUUCCUUGGGAACAUACUUAUGGCCAAGUACUGUAUAGGAUUUAUCCAAUUGUUCGUGUUGGUCACUUUAUAUUUGUGAACAUGCAACAAUACCCCGUGUAUUUCUUCAUGGCAUAUCAAUUUCUAAUCUUGUUCUUACCAUAAUGAUUAUAUACCCACCGAUAUCAAUAUAUACAAAAUAUGAUUUUCGUUGUUGAUUGGUUCAUGUAAAGGCGUUUAAUUACAGCAAUGAUAAUUACUCAUUAAGCAUCUUUAUGGAAUGGACACAAUAACACCAAUAUUCCUGGUUUACUAGAAUUUCCCAUCGACACAUACAAACAUACAUGCACAUUUACACCAAUUACUCCUUCACAUCUACAGGUAACACGGUGUCACUCAUAGGAAUACCUGAUACUCGUUUACCAACGAUUUGUCACUAACACACAUUUCCUGUUUUGUUGCAUCAUACAAGUGAUCUCUAAGCACAACAAAAAGCCCAUUACCAUAAAAAAAAAGCUGCCUCACAAAUAUAAAUAUAUAUAUAUAUGGAAUAAAAGGCUUUGUACAUAUGCAUGGGAAAAUUUCGGCAUAAUCCAGGCUUCCAUUAAUCACAUACCCUGCCAUUGUACAGACAACUUUACACAUUUCUUUGUAAAUUUUCGUUUUACUGACAAGUUGAUCGGAAAUGGAAUGUUUAUAAGCACACCUUUAUACGAUUAUACGAACAGUCCAAUCCUCGGAAUUAGGUGAAAUCCCGCUCAGCCCUUCCUUCUUCACAAUGACGUGUAGGGAAAUUUACCACGGGAAAAUAGGGCUUUAAUAGAAUAUGUGUUAAAUGAAUGUGUAAAGUAACUUUGUACUAAAAUAAAUGACCUCGGGAAAAAUAAAAACGUUCAAUAUAGUACCAGUAAAGUAAUCGGAGAGGGCAAAUUAUAGUGGCGGAUCCAGAAAUUUUCAAGAAAGAGGGGUGGGUGGGAGUACGUGUUUGCGACCCAAGUUUGUAUAUUUUCCGUCCAUAUAAGGAGGGGGAGGGGUUUGAAAACCUCAAAAUGUCCCCAGUAAAGUAAUCGGAGAGGGCAAAUUAUAGUGGCGGAUCCAGAAAUUUUCAAGAGGGGUGGGUGGGGGUACGUGUUCGCGACCCAAGUUUGUAUCUGGGGGUCGCGACCCAAGUUUGUAUAUUUUCCGUCCAUAUAAGGAGGGGGGAGGGGUUUGAAAACCUCAAAAUGUCCCCAUGACGUUUUUCUAUUUCAGAAAAAAAAUCAUCCAAGGGGGUAGGGGUGGCAAUCUCCUUAAUCUCCUCUCUCGAAACGUAACCUAAAAUAAGCCGACAGAGAUUACAACUUCAGAACCAAAAGUUAACUGAUGUAACGAAUGAAGACCAUUAACCAAAAGAAAAAAGAAAGAAAAAGGAGCAACUUUAGCAAGAUUUGAAUUUGCAGAAGUUAUCUGAACAAUUAAUGGCGAUAUAAUUAAACCAAAGAAGUAUGGAGCGACUUUAACAUAAUCAGCUUUGUUGACUAAAUAAAUUUCCCCAUACAAAUUGUGUGCCGCCAACAGUAAGGCAAUUUCUGGUUGCAUCAUCUCGUUGUUAUACGCACGCCAGUCCUAUAUAAGCCGAUAUGCAGCGUAUCGCUUCAGUCAGUGCGUAGUACAGAAAUGGACGAGCUGCACGUUUUCGGAUAUGGGUCGUUAAUAUGGAAACCCGACUUUAAAUAUUCUACAAAGGAACAUGGAUAUAUUUGUGGGUACCAGAGAAGAUUUUGGCAGAGCAACACGGAACAAAGAGGCACAAAUGAAAAGCCCGGAAGAGUCGCUACAUUAAUCAAAACAGACAACCAGAAAUGCCUCUGGGGAGUGAAAUAUACAGUAAAGGGGGCCAAAAAAGUGGCCCAGGUCAUUGAGAAAUUGAGUGUGCGGGAAAAAAUACUGGGUAGUUAUAUAACAAUUACUACAAAAUUCUACGGGAAAAAUUCGAACAAUGCCUGCGAGGUUUUAUUGUACCUAGCAACAGAAAAGAAUCCUUUAUACGUGGGGCCUUCAUCAGAAGAUGAAGAAAAAGACUUGCAGUGUAUCUCGGACACGAUAGUGCGUGCGCGCGGAAGCGCUGGACCUAAUUCAGAAUACAUAACCAAAUUGGCAGAUUAUAUCCAAACGCACAUACCAGAGGAGAUGGACGAACAUUUGUUUAUGCUUGAUAAAUUGAUUAGAAAGAAGAUGAUUCUUUUACACGAGUAUCGACAUCAAGGUUAAAUAAAUCACUCAAUAUUCAUA